AUGACGCAGACACUGCCCCCAAUGACACCGGCCCAAGAGCGCAGCGGGAAGGACGAGCUGGUCCAGCGCGCCAUGUGGGAAGUGGCGGGCGGUAUCGUCGGCGCGGCAGCACCACCACGACCACCCCGACGAGCCGGCGGCCCACCAGUGCCGGGCAGCGACGCGUGGCGCGCUGAAGGCCAAAUCCUCCAGCAGUCCCUCAUCAUGGCCGUCUGGCGCGCGAUCCAGGCCUCGACAGUGCGCGACCUCCACUCUGCGGCGGUGCCCGCCGCCGCUGGCGGCGCCGACGCGCUGAUGCGUCUCCGCGCGGCGCGGGCAAACGCGCGCGCGGGGCUGCUGGCUUCUGUGCCUGGUGCUCCGCGUCAAGACUACCUACCCGCAGCAGCCCCGACCUCGGCGCUCUCGAUGAUCACCUCACCCCCUCCACCCGUCUCGCGCCCGCCCCCGAAGCGGACGUACGGCCGGCGCGGGCGCGUGCCCCGCGUCGCGGCCGACACGGACAGCGACACGGACACAGACUCGGACGGCGACGGGGCACCAGCCGCGGCGGGGCCGUCGCGCAACCUGCCCUCCGCGCCGAAGAAGGCGCGCACGCGCUCGCCGUCGCCCACCAAGCCCGGCUCGAAGACGCCGCUUGCCCGCUCGGCGUCGGCGAGCUCGGCCGCGACGCCGUCGAGCAGCACCUCCUCGUCGUCCCUCGCGCGCACGUUCUCCCAUCCGGCCGUGACGGUCCAGCCGCCGUCGUCGAGCGUCAAGUCGAGCAUUUCAUCCGCGACCAAGUCGUUUGCGCAGCGCACACGCAACUCGGACUCGCCGACGCGCGCGCGUUCCCCCCGUCUGAGAGAGCAGCGCGACCCGCCCUCGCGCCCACAGUCGCCGCGCGACCUGUCCGACAUCUUCGGCGCCGUGUCGCCGUCCAGAAAUGGCGAGAGCCAGGAGAGCAGCUCGAGCAGUAAUGGCGCAGCAGGCAGGCCGCGCCCGAAAUCGGGCUUACGGAGAAUGCUCUCCAAGGCCCAGAGCAUGCUUGUGCCCCCCGCCCCGCCCGAGGCGCCGAGCACGCCCCGCGCGCUGCGUACGACCCAGUCGAUGCCUAUCACGCCGACGAGCGGCAAGAGUGACCGCAGCGGGGUGUCGCUCGAGGCGGCGGGCUCGCCGACGCCCGCGGCGCUCGUGGCGCCUGCUGUGGCUGUCGAGUCGCCCGGCUCGGGGGGCAGAGCACAGCGGACGUACGGCCGGUCACGGACGUUCUUGUCCAGCCGGCCAGCAGACGACGACACUGGCGAGGGCGCGGCGUCGUCGCUGGCCGCUUCGCUCGCGGAACCCCCGCGCGAGAGCUACGAGGAGCUGCGCAAGCGGUACGAGGUCGAUAAUGAGACGGGCGGCAGCGGUAACCUGCUCGACGCGCUGCUCGCGCGAGCGCCGGUGCCAAUCUCGGACAUGCGUUCCAAGGGCGAGAACAGGCGAUUCAUGGACGAGGUGACCUUUCUCCUCGAGGGGAUCAGCAACGCGCCGAGCAAGGGCAUCCGGCGGACGAGCUCGGUCGACGUGCUCAAGAACAUGCAGGACGCGACGUGGGUGCACAAGAUGGACAUUUGCGGGCAGACCGACCGCGUGUGGGACGUGCUCCGGUCCGCAAGGAAUGCCGACGACAGCGACGAGGUGAUGGAGGCCGUGUGUCUCCUCUUCCUCGACAUCCUCGUCGGGUCAGGCGAAGGGGUCAGCAGCGUGCUGCAGACCGACGCGGGGAGUGUGGUCGAGCUGCUCGCGCGGAAUAUCGGCCUGCGGACCGGCCCGCUCGACGCAGCCUACCCAUCAAAGGUCACGCCGGUGGUAUCGAACCUCCGCGCCAUCUACCGCUCGUUCGCGGGCGACGAGGACGAGUUUACCACGCGCCGCGCCGCCUCCCGUGUCCUCGUCAAUGUCUGCGAGACCGCCUGGGCGACAGUAGAGCCCUUGACACCCGGUUCCGGCGUCGUGCCGCGUGCGUUCGGCGCGCUGGUGGCCGAGAUUCAGCCGCUCAGCGCGCGAUUACCACUAUACGCCAAGGGCUUGGUACGUCCCCGUACCGGCGGAGCUGACACUCAGGAUCUAUUACCCAAAGAUGCCGGGGCGGUCGACCUCGUCUUCCUGGAACAGUGCCUCCAGGCGCUCGUCACCAUCGUCACCGACUCGUCCAGCAGGUCUGAGAUCGCGGCAGAAACGGACCGAUAUCGGCUCGCAGCCGUCGUUGACGUUGUCGCCUUGAUGGCUGCGGUGGCACUGACAGACGAGGACGAGGACCUGCGCCGAAGAGCAUCUCAAUGCACCGUCCUUGCGCUCCAGCUCCUCCGACCGCUCGUGUCCCCGCUCGCCCAGCGCGAAGACUUUGGCGCGCAACCCGGCACCGUUACCGCGCUCGGGCGCGUCCUUCUUGGCCGCGAGAAGAUUGUGGCGUCGCUCCAGGACAGCCCUGCACGGACAGACGCGGACGGCCCAGAGACCGACAACAAGCUGUCACCUGACGAGCUAACUUCCCUCGUUCUUGCCCUCUUCGGUUCGAUGGACCUCGACGAGCCCGACGUCGCCAAGCUGCUCGCCGAGACAGCCAUCUCAGACUGCACGAAGCGAUCGUGUGCCGUAUCUUGCCGGUGCAGCGGCCACACCCUGCCCCUCGCCGAGGCGCUCACGCAUCUGUACUGCGACUACUCGUCCCGCACGGACGACGCCCUCGGCAGCUUCUUGCACGGCUACCUGGCCUACCUCCUCACCAAACUGCUCACUAUGGCCCCCGGCGCCGCGGGCCCGCUGAUCCUCCCCGGCCUGCCAGGCGAUGCCACGCGCGCCAAGCUCGACGGCCUACACUCCACCCUCAGCGACCUGGUCAGCCUCAGCACGGUCGUUCACCGCAAGCUCCAGGAGCCUUCCCAGGGCCUCAACGGCUCGCUCGAGUCGGUGGCUAGCGACAACGACGACGAGGGCUUGAGUCGAGCGCUGCACGACCUCCAAGAGCUCAGACAACAGCCCCCCUGGCCGUAAUAACCAUGUAGCAUUAUUUAGCCUUGUCAUGAGAGUAGA